AUGUCGCUGCCUCAGAUACCACCGCCUCCGCCCUACGUUGCCGUUGCUGCCGACGUUGGUGACGAGGCAUGCAAUCCGCGAUACAAGGCCCUCAGCUUGGAGCCUCUGCAAAAAGACCUCGCUUCCAUCCAGCACGAGAAUCCUUUGCCGUCGCAAAAUAAUCCACCAUUUCCCGAUCUCUCGCAAAUUCCCGAAUUCUCCUUCUCCUUCUCAGCCCACCAGCCUCCAGAACUCGUCCAACCCAUGCCGGACCAGCCAUCCACCACUCCUCCAUCCGACGCAACAGACACUCGUCAUCCCGGUAGCGAUACCGAGUCACCCCAUCAGAGCAUCUCACCUACCCGAGUCCCCAAGUCACGUUCAACAAACGACUUAUUGUUCCCUUCAGGCAAAUUUGAGGCAUGGAUCAUAUCGGAUGACACACGAGCUGAAUAUAAUCCAUCAUUUUUGAGGAAAGGCGAAAAGGUUCCUGAAUUGUGGAAUGAGAAUGGAAACAUCCUCGUCUACUUAUACCCCCGCGGCAGUGGCUGCGGACCUUCCUUCAAAGUACCGGAAUCUGUGGCGGCAACUUCGUUCGUCUUUAGCGAGCUGCUUCAUGCCGACCGCCCCCGACACGCCGGACACGCCACGCCGUCAACGAGUCGAACAACUAGUGUAAGUGGUCGAAACAGCCCAAGUGCUGACGAUGCCAGCAAGACCACAUCCCUCACGAUUGGACCCCCCGUGUUGGGCGAUCCGAACCACCCUCUUCGGCUUUACCUCCCCGCCGCCCCACCAUCCGCCUCUGUCCACUUGUCGGCCCCGGGAUCCGGAACCCAAGGCGAGUUGGACAGGCUGAUUGCUAUCCGAAACCUUUUUGCGUUCCUUACAGGACAGCCGCUAGUAGGAACAAGGACCAACCCCAAGGUCUUCCAGGCCUUUGUCGAAAUUGCGGGCCUGCUGGAGGAAUUCGGAUUUUCAAGCCCUGACGGCAGCAAUUUCGGUGAGGCAGUGGAGUUGAGCUUUGGCUUUUACUCGGAGCAGCUGGGGCUUUCCGACUGCAGACACAGCCGCGAAAAGACGGUAGAGGCGCUCAUUCUCGGCGAACGGAUGCGAUGUGUUGACUUGUACAACGAGGCGUUUGCUCACGCGGCGGGCAAAUACUCGGCCAUCAUUGACCUGCAGUUGCCCCUCUAUGGCAGAGUAUCGCCACUGACGCGACAAAGGCUCGAGCGAGCGCACUUGGAUUUGGUCAACAGGCAGCACAAUGCCAACGAGCACUUGGAAGCCUUCGAGUUUCCAUCGCUCUUUGCGGGCAUCGCCAACUCAACCUCGAUCCCCGAAUUGAAGCAAGUGCGCUUCAAGGCAUGGCGCAACUCGUUUGGCAGAAUGCGGCAGUUUCUGCUGGGCUACUACAAGUCAAAGUUUGGCAGCUGGCCGCCAAAAGCUAGCAACAGGAAGAGUCCGUUCGCCGAGAGCGGCCUCAACAGACUGGUCCUGAACGCGCUCUACUCAGACAUGUGCGUCUUGUAUGACUUGCUGGUGGACCGGACCAAUCUCACCUCACGGGUAAUGGACGAAGCCCCGGCCAUCUCAGGCGCACCGGAAAAGAUGACAAUGUCUGCGCUGAGGAACAUGCUGUCCGAAUUCGACCGGUCCAAGCCACCCGUCCUGCCACCCAUACCGUUCGACCUACCUCAGCUCCCGUCAAUCAAGGUGAUUCGCGAGGUAUUUGGUAGCAAGUCGGCCAAGGACCAGAACAGAAUGGAGAAGAAGAUGAAGGAUCACGACCUCGUCCUCGUUCUGCAGGCGACGUACAACCAUGACACGAGUCGCGUCAAAGCGCCUUUCCUGGACCAAUUCAAGGAUUUCGAGAAACGCGAGGGCAGAGGCAAGGGUUGCCAGGACCUUGCGGACCAACGCAUUGGCUACUGGCUGUUUCUCUACGUGGUCCUUCAGUCACUUCCCAUGUUGGUUGUGGACGCCCCCGGAGUAAGGCACACGGAGGGGGUCGAGUACUUCUUGUGCGAGCCUCCGAUGGGAAACCUGCCCUGGGUGGAGGACCGGCAAGUGGUGCGCAAGAUGUGGUAUGAGGUCGCUGGCGGAGGCGGCCUCGUCGAGCUCUCAGCAGAUGCCGUCAUGUUCAGUGUCGAGGCUACGUAUCAUCGCACGCACUGCUGGCUUGCGGCCAAGAAGUGGGAGGGCCUGGUCGACGGAGCAGACGCGCGCCCAGAGGAGCCUCCUAUUUCCCCGCUGCUGCAGCCCCCAGCACCCAUCUUGCCCGGCGCGGAGCCAUCGAGGGGUGCACCGCUACCACCAGCCGGCGACGUGGCUGACGCUCCCUCAUCGUCACCGGGGGGACGGCAACCAGCCCUGCGUCCCAGAAACCUCUUGCCUCAUCAACCGUCACGCCAGCCCCAUCGCUCCAGUAUCAUGAUGGGACUAGAGCCUGUGCCACUUGAGCCACCGGGUAGCUGUGCUUUCCAGAGCCGCAACCGAAGCAGCUCGACCGGUCCGCCUCCGACGAGCAGUCUGUUUGGGAAUCGGACCUCGUCAGUAGGCAACCUUGUCCACUGGCCAGCCCAGAGUGGCAGCCCAGCACCGCCGGCAUCCAAACCGGAAGCCAAAUCAGGCGCGACCUUUGAUGAUAUUUUGGGCAAAGCGCCUCAGAACGAAAAGACGAGCUUGACAAAGAAGAUGGGCAGGUUCUUUUAA